UAGCGGCAAUUUUCUGAUAAAAAUACUUCGUGAAUGUGGCGUGUGUUGUUUGGAUUAUUGAGAGCCGUAAAUAUAAAAGCAAUCAAUGGUUAAUUAAUAUUUGUUAAAAGUAUACUACCCAUGUCUUUAGACAACACUCUUGCAAAGGACAAUCAGUGAAAACCAAUAACUUCAUGGGAGACGUGGUCUAAAUUUGGUAUUUUGUCAUAUGUUGCACGCCUGCCUUGGGGUCUCUGAAGAGGACAAAAAAAAUAAUCAGUAAUUCCGAUGCUAAAUUGAUAAUGCCAAAUAGACACAAUCAGUCUCCUGGCACGUUACAGCGCUUAUUAGUGACAAUGCGAAGUCUUUAUGUGUGAACGUGUAUUUCGCGUGAGCUAAAUUCAUGAUGGUUAUUAGAGUGGACACUGAAUAAGAGUCAGGAUGAGUCACAACUUGGCUGGGAUGCCCGGCGCCUACAGGCUGCCCGGGCCGGGCCUGGGCCCGCCGGAUUUCAAGCCGCCCAUGGAAACACCAACGCCUUCUGCGCCAGCACCCAGUAAUCCAAAGAAGAGGAGAAAAACAUCAAAUGCUAACAAUGCCCAUGCACCACAACCCCCACCCACCGCUCAGGACCUGCUGCCUCCUCCGUUAACAGGAUAUGGAGACACCAUAGUUGCAUCCAAUCCUUUUGAUGACUCUCCAUCUACAAUUUCACACAAUGGCCCUAUGAUGAGCCAGAAUGGCCCAAUGAUGAGUCAGAAUGGCCCAAUGGGAAUGAUGGGACCAAUGCACAGUAUGGGUGGACCCCCAAUGAGGCACAUGAGCCCUUUACCCCACAGUAUGAGCCCAAUGAAUCAGCAAAUGCCACCCAGGGGAAUCAGUCCCAUGGGUAACAUGAGUCCAAUGGGCCAUAUGGGUGGAAUGUCACCAAUGGGAGGCCCAAAUAUGGGAAUGAGUAAUCACAGUAUGGGCCCAGGCAUGGGUCCAGCAUCAAGGUCAAUGGGCAGUCCUAUGAGCCCUAUGAAUUCUAUGCCAAUGGGAUCACCAAUGUCUUCUGGGCCAAUGGGAAGCCCUAUGAAUAUGGGAUCAAUGGCAGGCAGCCAUAUGAGCAACAGUCCGAUGGGGCCACCCAUGCACAGUCCUCUAGGAGCAGGUUCCAUGAACGGGCCCAUGAAUGGCCCUAUGGGUGGAGGAGGCCCAGGUAUGAAUGUGCCUCGAAUGAAUGGCCCUAUGGGUCCCAGUUGUUCUAACGGGUCUAUGGGCCCAAGCAGUUCUAUAAUGUCUUCAAACCCAAUGCAAAGUGGUGGAAUGGGACCAGGUCACUGUGGUCCGAUAAGACAUGGAAGUCCAAUGGGCUCUAGCAUGGGAGGAGGUCCUAUGGGAGGAAAUGGUCCAAUGUCAUCAAUGGGCCCGGGUCCACCAUACUCAAGCAGCCACAUGGGGCACGGAGGCCCCAUGGGAAUGGGAGGCAGUGGUAAUAUGGGGAUGGGUCCGGGCCCUGGUAACAUGGGUAAUUGUGGGCCUCUGGCAGGCAUGAGCGGCAUGGCAAUGGGCGGGCCCGGUGGGCAAGGAGUCGGCCCGAUGGGACAAGGAAUGGGGAUGUUUGGGCCAAAGCCAAUGCCGGUUAGUGCUGGGAAAGUUUAUCCCCCGGAUCAACCAAUGGUGUUCAACCCACAGAACCCAAACGCUCCUCCCAUCUACCCUUGCGGAGUAUGUCACAAAGAAGUACAUGAUAAUGACCAAGCAAUUCUCUGUGAAUCUGGAUGCAACUUCUGGUUCCACAGGGGCUGCACAGGCCUAACGGAGCCGGCCUUCCAGCUACUCACAGCAGAAGUGUAUGCGGAGUGGGUGUGUGACAAGUGCCUGCACUCCAAGAACAUCCCGCUGGUCAAGUUCAAGCCCUAGCGAGAGGCGCGCGCCGCAUCACAAGUAUUUAUUCCACUAAAUGGACUCUGUGAUUCACUCUCUUAAUUUAUUCACGCCUGGAAGUCACGGCUACAUGAAAGCGAUCGAUACUUAAGAUUCACCAUUUGGCACUUGGAGCUCUUUCCCACUGGCGUCCAGUUUUUUGCGGGUACGGUAUUUCUGCAGGAUCCCGUUUUCUGUAGUAUGCGUGCAGUAUCCCGCAAAUAGAAUGUUCGUGUGAACGUUACUAUAUUAGCACUUAUACUACUAAAACGGGAUCCUGCAGAAAACCGUAACCGCAAAAAAUUGGACGUCAGUGGGAGUUCUUAUGUUGGAGCCUUGGUUGAGACAGACCUGCAAAAAAAUGUUGCCCUAAUAAAGUUUUCUGAGCCUAUGUUGAGUUUUGUCCGAAUAAUCUAAAUGUAACAACUCAAUAUAACUGUUGAUUGUCACCAAAAAACCAGGCUAAUUCUCAUAGAACCUCAUGGAGCGAUUAUCAAUCUGAUUGGUGGAUUAUUGUUUCUAGGAGUCGCUUUCAUGUCGCACAAGUAAAAUGUCUGCCUCUGUGUUGACUGUAGUCUGUGUAAGAUCGAUCUCGAGUAUAGUAAGUAGUAAAUCUACCUAUUGUACACCCAUUGUUAGCAAAUGGUGCUACAGGUGUCAAACGAUAGGGGAUUUACCUUAAUUGAAUGAAAGGUGCGUGCAUUCGGUGCAUUUUAUCGGAAUGGAAGGUUACUUCUUGUGCUUAUAGUAAUUGAGUGUGAAUGACGAACAUGCAGAAGAUCCUACUAUGUCUAGUCUGAUUAAUGUCGUUAAGACUAGCUUUAAUCUAAUGCUAAGAUGUGAAGACGAAUGGAAGGCCGCUGGAGUGAUCGCAUUAGGCAUAUCCAAUAAAGCAAUUAAAUGUUUUUCGGAAUCGCAGUUUUGGCAGCACAAUUUAGGAGGAAUUAUUUAAUUUGUUUCUAUGCCGUGUUUGUGUUGCUUGAGUCUAUGUGUAUAUUGUAAAUAUCUUUUAUUAAUAAUGAAUUAAUGUAAUUAUAUUCCCGCCUUCAAUAUUUUGUGAGCUAUAGGUGUACAAGCGUAUGUUGAAUAUGGUACACGAUAACUAUAGUCACGGCGGCGCGAGUUGGCCUCCACUUGCAAUUAAAUAGUCGCACGACUGCCGGCGACACUCGCGAUUGUCGCAAGCGCCCAUUGUACAUUUCGCUAUUAUAGUCAAUAAGCAAUAAUGAUUAAAUAAAGCCGUUGUACUUACUAUGUCGAGCCUAUGAUUUGCAUGUAACUUAAGCGCAUUACGUACGUGUAAAUACGACAUACGACGAAUCCAUACUUACGCUUUGAUAAGGAUAAGAGUGUUAAAAUGUGUUUGUCAAUUUUUAACUUUUUGGAGAUUUUUUUAAAGCAUUAUUAGCAUUAUUGUGUUUUUUAUCGAUUGUAUAUAUAUAUUGUAUUUAACGGACUGAGAUUAAGAAAUAUUUAGGCCCCACGGUUGUGACCGCCGGAGCGCCGGCGCCGACUCCGCGCACAUACACUUUAUUUAUUACACAAUCCAAACCCAAUAUAUUUUUGUGUUGUUCCCAGCAUAAGGUAACUUGUUGGUUGAUAAUAAGACGCUAAAUAAAUAAAUAAAUAUGGCAUUAGAAAUGGUCGUAUUAACAAUUAAUGAAGUACCUUUAGACUGAAAACACAAUUCAUUAUAACUCUAUAUGUGUAAGUAGUUUUGUCUUCUAGUGGAUUACCCAAUGACCAUUGUAAGUCUUGCUUGGACGGGGCUGUGCCGUCUUGUUUAGUGCCUGGUAGCCGUAAGUAAAUUCAGAGCAAAUGUAUCUACUUGUGACGUUCCUUAAAGAAAGCACUUUGUCGGGUUUUAUAAGGACGAUAUCUAAUUGCAUAUUUAAGCUGGUACCGCCGUAUUCUGCACCGCCAAAGUGUUACCUUUGAUCUAUGAACGAGUGAUGAACGAGACAUUUAAAGAAAGUUUUUUUGUUACGCAUAAUAAUAUUAUUUAUUGUCUAACUUGUGUAAGAAAUGUGAUUUCGCGUAAAUAAAUACGGAAAUUGUUUAACGGGUCAUAUAUAUUUUCUCAUCUCUAAACUUAAGUACAGGAUUAUAACUGUCAUUAAUGUUAUUUAUUUCGAUUAUGGUACUUAUGCGGUCUAUCAAUCCUGGUAAGAAAGGUUUACCACUUUUUGCUACGAUUGAUUCACUUGAGCUGCUAUCUUAAACUGUUGAAGAUCUAAAUCAUGACUACUAUGGAUAUAUUAAUUAGAAUAUUUUUACAAAUGUAUUUGAUAUGUAUUUACAUGUUUUUAUGGACCUAUCAAAUCGUCAAAUUUUAUUUUGUCUUAAUACAUAUGCCAAGGGUUUUAUUUUUAACGCCCUGUGAGUGCUUUACAUGUUUUAUGCUGAAUGUUAUCAAUGUUGUCAACGACACAGGUGGAGGAUGUCCCUCCAUCGCUCUAUUAUAUAUGAGCGACAGAGAGGCAAGUAGACCCUCUAAACUAUGUUCCAAAACUAAAACAUUACAUCACUUGGUAAAAAGUAUUGAAUGUCCCUGAGCUGACAAAUAUAUAUCUGAAAAUUCUCAAAGUGCCCUAAUAAACACAUAUUCGUACAUGUGCACAUACCUACUUGUAAGAUACUGGUUUUUGUUGUUCUAUAGCUUUAAACCAUAGACCUAGCAGUACAUAGAUCAGCUAUACUUUAAACAGUGGCGGAUUUGUCACGUGGCAAAAGUAGCAAAUGCCACGGGCCCCGCACACCUACGCAUUGUGGCCGUAAAAAACCUAAGUUUCACUUCAUAUGACAAAAUUAAAACAAUUCAUGGGUCCCAUGAUAGAAUUUGCUACUGGCCCCGCGCUGAUUUAAUCCGGCACUAGCUUUAAAUGAUCAAACAUGUGUUUGGUCCGAUAUUUCUUGACAAUAUGGUUUAUUCAAAUUAUAAAUAUAUUAAGAUAUUUUUUUAUUUGAGUGUACAGAUUAUAGGUAUCUAUAAGGUUUAAAGUCAAAGCACAAUUGUGUGUAGUCAUUGGGAAAUCAAUGAUAAUAAAGCUACCGAAACACAGGUACUGUUCGUUUACAUCAUGUACUUAUACUCCAAAAACAUUUUAUACGUGUCAAGGUUUCCAUGUAAAUAAUAACUAUUAUAUUCAAUUGUUUUUUGUACACUGUUUUACGGAAAUAAAAUCAUAAGUAAUCAGCACAUCGUCGUUUAGGUUACGCAGUUGUUCCAAUAAUAAGUAUACAAGACAAUGCAAUACUGUUAAAAAUGGCGUAGGUACUAAAAGAUUCUUGACAUCAUGACUACCUCAGAUAUUUAAAAAUGUGAAUGGUUGUGAGGCGACGCGACUGAGGUACUUUAAAAUAUUGGAAAUUUAAAGUCCAUUUCUAAGCAAUGAGGGCUACCCUGAGGGGCUACCGUUUUUGUGCUCACCAGUUGGCGCCACUGUAGACGUAGGUCCAGAAAAACAGAUCUCAAAAUGCUUAUUUUUAUAACAUCAAUUACGUUCUAAUACUAACAACGUAACGUUAAUAAGUAUUUUAACGUCUAAAUGUGCCAUUUUUUCAACCUGUUUAAUUAUGCAUAGGUACAUUUUAGUUGGCACUUUUUUUAAACCACUAUCAUUUAUUGAGCUAUAUCUAUUGUUUACCAUGAUUAAUCAAAGAUGGACAAAGAUUUACCACAACUAUGAAUAAGGAGUGAAAAUUCCCAAAAAUAAAAAAGCUUGAAACUCCCAAAACUUCUAUGUAUUCGACAUUUUGAAAGACCUCCAUCUACACUAGCGCCCCUAGCGGCGAAAUUAAACGCCUUAGCCCUCAUUAUAGUCAGCAUUAAAUAGAUAGUGACGGCGAAAGUGGUCAAAUAUAUCGGUACACACCCUUAUUUCUAUGGUAACAAGGGGAUAUUACGAUAUAUUUGGCCACUUAGGCCGUCACUAUCUAUUUGAUGCUGGCUGUUCCUAAUUUUAUACUGUGCUGUAGUUAGUAGCACAAUGCCCUGACAUACAACCGAUGUUCUGUUUACAGAGGAGAUUCAACCUGUAUUUAUGUAUUAACGAUAGAAUUAAUUGAUAAUAUCGAAACAACAUAGUUAGUUAAUCUGAAAACAAUAAGAAUUAAGUAUUAUGAAACGAUCUGUAAAUAUAUUGCGUUUCAAUAAUAUUUUUUUCUGAAUAAGAAAUGUACAGUUACUUAUAACUAGCGGUAGCAUAAGAUUUCGGCCAUGAUUAAAUGAUUAUUGUGCUAAUUAUUUAUCGCCGUGAACAUCACAACCAUAUACAUGUGAAUAAUAAAGACUAGUAAUAUUCACAUGGUUUAUUUGCCGUUGUUAAAGGCGUUACAACACCAAUUUGGCACUUUGACUCUGUUUAUAUUAUAACGGCAUCUUUUGAGAUUGCUGAAAGACUCUGCGUAUAUAUUACUUGUCUUUACUAUUUAAUUGUUUUGAUCAUAACAGACCCGCGGAGACUGCCACCACUUUUGUAUAUUAUUAUUUUCAUGUAAAAUACGUGUUACAUUACUUGCAAAAGCUGUUAAAAUAAUAUUUUGAAAAGUCUAAUAGAACGACAUCAAUGGUCAACUUGUGCAUAGUUUAUUUUGUAUUAUGUGAAUAAUAAUAACAAGCAAUAAUAAAAUUGUUAUUGAGAAAA